CGAGCUCCGGCUCUACAGGGAUAAUAAUCGACUGUCGAUCCAUCCCUCAUCAUCGGCAGGAUGACCGACGCGAAGCAAUUAAUGGCACAAAAAACCGCUAAGAUCGCAGCUGGAGCUGUAGUUUGUGUUGAAAGUGAAAUCAGAGGAGAUGUGACCAUCGGUGCUAGAACGGUUGUCCACCCCAAAGCUCGGAUCAUAGCAGAAGCAGGGCCCAUAAUAAUAGGAGAAGGGAACCUGAUAGAGGAGCAGGCUCUGAUCAUUAACAGCUAUCCAGAGAAUAUAAUGCCAGACACUGAAGGAGUCGAGCCAAAAACAAUGACCAUUGGGACCAACAAUGUGUUUGAGGUUGGAUGUGUUUCUCAGGCUUUGAAAAUUGGAGACAACAAUGUGAUCGAGUCUAAAGCCGAUCUUGGCAGAAACGUGAUUUUGACCAGCGGCUGCAUCGUCGGCGCCUGCUGUCAGGUCAACACGUGUGAAGUGGUUCCAGAGAACACGGUGGUUUAUGGUUCCAACUGCAUCCGGAGAGUUCAGAGCGAGAAGCCUCAGCCUCAGACUCUGCAGCUCGACUUCCUCAUGAAGAUCCUUCCCAACUAUCAUCACCUGAAGAAGACUGUGAAGGGAAACAGCACUCCUGUAAGAAACUAACUAAAACCUGCAUCCAGAGCAGCUGAAAACGGCUUAUUUCCCUCAACAUGCACUUUUCUUUCAUUUUUACUCUUCUCGUGUCUCUAAUGUCUGAAAACAACCAUAUCACACUUAUGCACUUUUGCUUUUAGUUCAGUUUUAUGCCUAUUUAUGACACAUCUUGCACCAUUUUCAUCUAUAUUUAUAAGUGUUCCAAUAAAUUACGCAAAAAGUGCAAUAAAGCUUCUGUCAUUCAA